CCAGAGCCUUCUGAGGAUGGCACCGGCGGGAGUGGGCGGGGCCAGGCGCGCGGCGGCCGCCUCCGCUGCGGCCGGAAACAAUACUGCAGGAGCUAGAGCCGCACAGAACGGCUGCGGCGGCGCGCGGAGUUGGACGGGGCACUAUGAACGAGGAGGAGCACUUUGUAAACAUUGAUUUGAAUGAUGACAACAUUUGCAGUGUUUGUAAACUGGGAACAGAGAAAGAGACACUCUCCUUCUGCCACGUUUGUUUUGAGCUAAGUAUUGAGGGAAUACCAAAAUCUAAUCUCUUACACACCACAUCAUUAAGGGGCCAUAAAGACUGCUUUGAAAAAUAUCAUUUGAUUGCAAACCAGGACUGUCCUCGAUCUAAGCUUUCAAAAAGUACUUAUUAUGAAGACGUUAAAACCAUUUUGAGUAAGAAGAUAAACUGGAUUGUACAGUAUGCACAAAAUAAGGAUGUAGAUUCAGAUUCUGAAUGUUCUAAAAAUCCCCAGGAUCAACUGUUUAAUUUUCGGCAUAACCCAGAUAAAAAGUUAUUCCCACAGUGUGACUCCCAAGUACCAAAGUAUUCUGCUAAGUGGAUAGAUGGAACUACAGCUGGCCUCUCAGACUGCACACAAAGAAUACUGGAGCAGAGAGAAAGUACAGACUUUGGGCUGGCUGUGUUACAGGAUUCGGGUGCCACUUUAUGCCACAGUAGUGGACUGUGGUCUCACAGUCAAAACCAGGCACAGAAAAAAGAAGAGACAAUCUCUAAUGAAGAGGCAGAUGUCCAGACCCAGCAUCCUCAUUACAGCAGAGAGGAAUUGAAUUCGAUGACUUUUGGUGAGGUAAAGCAACUGAAUGCAAAGCUCCAACAGCAAAUACAGGAAGUUUUUGAAGUGUUAACGCACCAACUGCAAGAAAAAGAUUCUUUAGCCUCAGAGCUCCACGUCCGCCACGUUGCCAUCGAACAGCUUCUCAAGAACUAUUCCAAGUUACCGUGUCUGCAAGUGGGACGGACGGGAAUGAAGUCACACCUGCCCAUAAACAACUGAGCUACACUGAACACUCACUUCCUGCGCCCUGCCGUUCGCUGGUCUGCCGGGCAUGCGGACUCUGAGCAACUUGAAGAAAGGCGUGGCAUGCGGACUCUGAGCAACUUGAAGAAAGGCGUGGCUCAUGAAAUUUGCCAAGCUUAAAGGCAGUAUUUAUCUUUGUCAAAUAAAGCUGAUCAUUGCACUUUAGGCUUGUAGGGUUGAUCAUUUUGGCUUAUUUUGGGAAUCUUCUUUCCCAUAAUUUCUAAAUGGCCCUUCCUAAUUUUUAUGACAUGUGACUAUUUAAAUAUACUGUUACAGUGUGAUUUUAUUAAACAUAGUUUAAUGUAAUUCACCUUUUAAAACAAUAGAAGUUUAACAAAUCCUUAGAUUAGUCUGAACUACUAAAGAUAAAAAUGAAAGAGGGAAAUGAAAUUCAUAAUACCACCUUAUUUAUUAUGAGCAAUAUUUUAAUAUGAAAAUUUUAUAUAUAAAAAUGCUAUUUUAGGUACCUUUCCAUUCUCUUUAUAAAUGUGUAUGAAUGAUUCUGUAUAUUUACACUUUCAUGUGUGACUGUUACACAUAUUUCAUAUCACUGCAUUUUAUUCUCUUAAUACACUGCUUCUAUAGCUGUUACCUUAUUUUCCAAAGAUAAAUGUAUUUUGGAGUAGAAAUCUAUCUAGUUGAAUUCUUUGACUUCUAACAACUCUUAUGAAAGAAGAAUUAACUUUUUAAAGCCAAUAUACAAGAAAAUAUAUAAUUUUUUUCUAGCUAAAGCAAUUCUGAGUUUGUUCAGGAAGAAAAUGCUAAUCUAGCUUUUGUAAGUCAGUUUGUCUCCACAGAAGUAAAAACCUCUUUUAUCUCAUCAUUACUUUCAUCCCAUUUUGAUGUGUUAGAAUUUGGGCAGAGUAAGUCAAGGCUCACUUGCAAGUCAAAUGUCAUAUCUAUCUUCAAAUCAAAUGUACUGUGAAAGAAUUGUCCUGUCUUUGAAAAAGUUAAAAUGAUUCUGUGUGCCACUUUGGAUGAACAUUCAAGAAACCUUGAACUGUCCAAAUUAUGUAUCAACAUCAUUGAAAUUAGUCUUGAACACAAACUAGUAGAAAACAACUUUUUGGAAUACUAAAAUAGGUUAAAUUUGCCCAAGAAUAUUACUUGACAUCUCAUUCAUCUUCAAAGUAUAACAUAAUUGCUUUUUGGAGGGAGCUUUUGAAAGGUAUCAGUUUCUCUCAGUUCUUUGAGCCAUCCAAAGUGAAUGUAAAAUCCAGGAGUGGGGAUACAUUGCCUUAGUGUUUGACAAGCUUUAAAUUGAAUGUGUGCAAUAUCGAAAUCCAUAAAUUGACAAGUUAAUGAAGAAGACUUUUCUGGAUGAUGCCAGGAAGGACCUUAGUGCUUAGUUGUUAUGGUCACAUUUUCAAGUUUGACUUUACUCUUUUUCGGCAUAACUCCUUAAGGAUGUUACAGGCCAGCGCUUGCACACAUUUGUGCUUCUAUUUAGAUCACUUUGGGACUCAUAAACCUUCGGGAUGUGUUGCAUUUGAUACCAGUAGUGGCAUAUUUCCAGCACGUGAGCCAUAUGGUGCAGCCCCGAACACAACAGUGUUAGCCAAAGAAAGUGUGUGCUUCUUUCUGAAAGAACUCUGGCAGAUAUGUAGCUUUACUAAUGUUAGGAAAAAUUUGAUGGGAUUAUGCAUGUACCGAGCUCUUAAUCAGGGACUCUUGAGUUACUCCAUUUAGAUAUUUCUACUUAAGCUCUUCAAAGGAAAGGUGCUCUUAAAAAUCUGUGGUGCUGGUACUCACACUAGUACUUUAUUUGGCUAAAUAUUCUAGUAAAAAAACUUGUGUAUUUUGCACAGUGGUUUAUUCAAAUAUUUGAUAAACUUAUUUUCUGUUGUUUUUUAUUUAUUGAUUUUAGGGAAGUAUCAAUUUGUUGUUACACUUAUUUAUGCAUUCACUAAUUGAUUCUUGUAUUUGCCGAGAUGGGUUUGAACCCACAACUAUGGCAUGUUGGGACAAUGCUUUAACCAAAUGAGCUACCCAGCCAGGGCCCCAGUGUUAGUUUUCUUGAUUGAAUAUGAAAUUAUUGUAUAUUCUAAAAGAAGGCUAAGAGACGGAGUUGAAUUCUACCUUGAGAGAAUAUAAAAUACCACAAAUACUGGUUACCAUACUUGGCUAUUCUGUAUAGUUGGUGCUUUCUGGGGAAGUUUAGAAGAACACCUUAUCUAUACGUUCAGUUUAAAAAGUGGCAAAAGAGAGAUUGCAAAGUGUUAUUAUUUCAGAGUCUAUAUGGUUAAGUGGAUGGAGUCAAUUUUUUUUUUAUGUUAGAUUUCAUAAUGAAACAAGUUGAAUUGAGUUUUUUAAAAAGUCAGUUUGAAGUCAAAAGUGAUUUUGACACCACCCAAGAUUCUUCUCAAAGUUUUCAGAACUCGGCCUUUUAUCAUCCUUUGAUCCUAGUAUUUAAUGUCCUGAAUUGUCUUAGUUUUUAAAAAGUCAUAUACUUAAGACAUCGAUAAUAGAUGCAGGCAGCAGAACAGUAUUUUGUAGCUUCUUAUAUAUGAUGUUGGGGCAAAGAAAUGUUCUUUUUCAAGUUGUAUGUUCAUUUCACCAUAAAGUGCCCAUUUUUAUAUACAUUUGAGAAUUAUUUUUAAAAUAAGUUCAUGUUGGAAAGUGAUUUCAGAAAAAUACUCUUUUGCUGGCAUCUUGACAGACAUCUUGAGAUUUCUCGGGUUUUUCAUUUUACUGUAUUCUUUAAAGGCUUUCCUUG